CACCAAAACAUCUCCAGACAUGAACAGCGCCGACUAACCCCAAUGACUUCGGUCAGUUUAGUUUUUGAGAAUGAACGUGAAACAGAAGACAAGAAGCAUGGAAGAGGGGGAAUUAACUGGAAAUACCAAAUGGCUUAAGAAAAUAGUUCUGUUUCUCUUGUAGUCAUUUAUAAGAGCAAGAAGAGAUGUUUUAGUAUACGCGCAAGCUGUCACUAACACACUACCACAUUAUUUUCAUGCUUGUUUUGGUACACACUGAAACCAUUUUAAGGUAGUGAAAACAGUGUGAUAAAAAGGAAGAGUUUUGUGUUUAAUAUCAAAGUUCAGCGGCAAGACAGCCAGAGAAAGAGAACUGUGAAACAUGGAUUAUGGUGAAAGUGCUCUUUGUGGAAGUGGAGAACUGGAGCUGGAUCUAGACAUUGUGAGCGAGGAGGCGGGGAAACUGUACUCAGAACUGCAGUUGGUGGUGGAGACCCAUGGAGCUGGUGUGGUGGAGUCCCUUCUGCCCAUCCUCGUCUGGGUUCUGGAAAGGCUGGCGAACUGCAGGGCUCAGCUGAGAGAGAGAGAGGAGAAGGCCGAGAAAGACAAAAAAGACAGAGAAGAACUGCUGGAGAGGUAUCAGAAUGAGAAAACACUGAGGAGAGAGAGCCAAGAGCGCUAUUUGGAGUUGGAUGACCAGUUUGAGCAAGAGAGAAGGGCAAAGCGUGCAAGAGAAAUGGAGAGAGAACAGAGAGAAAGAGAACUGGAGAGAAAAGCCAGGGAACAAGCUGAUCAAUUAAUGAUGUUGGAGGAGCAGAAAGCAAAUCUGACACGAGAGCUAAACUCAAUUAAACAGACACAUAACAAGUCAGUACUGACACAUCAAGUUCUGCUGGAAAAGAAAAAGGAGAUGGAGAGCGAAGCCUUCACUUUGAGGAAUCAUGUGCAUAGCAAACAUUCAGAAGCUGUUUCUACACAUGGCCAAACAGAGACCUCCAUCACUGAAGAGCAUGAUCCAAAACCUUGCAGUGCCCCUGAUUCCACUGCAUCAGAAAUUACUGUAACCAGCAACAGCAAAGUGACUGAUGCUGAAGUUAACCAUAAUAACGAUCAGUUCUUUAUCAGUGACAUCAUAAGCUCCACCCCUGAGCUGGCUCAUUUGAAGGGCUUUGUUGAAACAAGCUCCCCUGUUUGUUCAAAGACAGCCUCUGAAUUAAACUCCAGUUUGUUUGAUGAAGUGAAACAAGCCCAGGAGGAUGAGAGCGAGGUGGUUGAAGACCAGAAGGUGGAAGAUGGAGAGAAAACAGAGGAGAAGGAAGAGAUAUACAAUGACUCUGAAUGCUUGGAGUGGGAGUUGAGGAAUACAGACUCUGUGUUUUCAGAGUUAUCUGAACUCAGCAGGGAAUAUGUGGAAAACGUUGAUCAUGGGGCCAGUAUCAGAGAUAGCACAGGCCAGUUUGAGCAGAUUCUUUCUCAAUAUGAAGAACUAAAACACACUCAUGAAAUGGUGGAUACUGCUCGUAAGGCCCUUAUAUCCCGUGUUGAGGAGCUGACCAGUGAAAGAUCUGCCCUGAAUAUGGAACUUUAUUCUUGCCGUGAAACCAUCAGCCGACUGGAAGGAAAAACCAAGGAGAUGGAGGAUGAAAUCAAGCGAUUACAAAAACAGCUUGAGAAAGUCCAGUCCCUGGACCCUGAUGCUGUGCUACCUACUUCCCUCCGUCGCUUCUCUCGUUCUGAAAUGGCCCGGGUGGUCAUGGAGAAGAAUCAGUACAAAGAGCGACUGUUCGAACUGCAGGAAUCUCUGCGGCAUGCUCCGCUUCAGAAAGUUAUAAAAGAAGAGCAACCCCCUGUGGAAGAGAAGGGUAGUGUCUGGAGCAGGUUUAAUAAUUUUCUAAGUCUGACAAAAGGUCAGUUAGCUCCAGCCACAGCUCCAGCAGUAACCCUCUCUCCUACACCAGCUUCUGCACAAACACCAGUGGUGUCUCCACAGCAACUCUCUACAAAAUCACCCCAAACAGAAAGUUCUCCAUCUCUCAGCUUAAGGAAAAGAGAGUUGUACAGGGAGAUCCGUACUCAUGUGUGGACUGCUCUGGGUAAAAAACAGUUCAGUGGCUGGAGCAUGCCCCUCGCUGUUACAGACAUGAAGGACUCAGAACUCCCUCCUGAGCCCAAAGACGUGCCCGUCCUCAUCCAGCUGAGACUGCUGGACCAGAGAGAUGCUACAGCGAAGCUCAUUUGUGCUGCUGCAGUUCCUCCAGAGAUAUCAGGAGAGCAGACGUGUUUUGUGUGGGCCAUCACUGGACCUGCUUCCAGCAGUGAAGUCACAGUGAUUGACCCGGCUCGCUCCAAUACCAUUCUGGAUCAGUUCAACCUUCCACCCACAUCCCCUGCAUUAUGCAUCUGUGCUGUACCCCCUACUGGAGAGACUCCGGGGACUGUGUGGAUUGGAACCCAGGAUGGAGGUGUGCUGAUUCAUUCAUCCUCCAGCUCCAGGUGCCGCUGUUUGCAGUCUUUCAGUCUUUCUGAGGGGGUUCACUCUCUGACGUAUUCUGAGGGCGAGGUGAUCGCUGGCUUGGCCAAUGGGAUCUUUGCAUUCUUCACCCAUAAUUCAGGCAUCUGGAAUCUCCAGUCUCAAGAGAUGCUUUCGCUUGGCACACCACCUUUGCAGCCCAUUCGCUGUUGCCUUGUUAAGGAUGGCUGUCUUUGGGUGGGAUACUGGAAUAAAGUUUACAUCAUCAGUGUGAAAAUUCGGAAAGUAGAGAAAUUGUUCACAGUGUCUGAGCGAACUGAGCAGCAGGUGCGUUUUCUGUGCGCAGGAGGAAGUGGCGUUUGGGCUGCAUGCCGUUUGGAUCCCAUUCUUAGGCUUUUUGAUUGGACAACUGGCCGCCCUCUACAGGAAGUAGAUUUAUCAUCCAUAGUGACUAAAGCUUUAGGCUCUGCGUUCCUGUCUCUCUCUCCUCUUCAGAUCACAGCCUUGUCUGUGGCCAGUGGGCGGUUGUGGGUGGGAACAGGAAGUGGUGCAAUCUUCUCAGUUCCCCUGUCCCUCAGUUCAGAGUCCCGCUCUAUACCAUACUGCUCUCUUGCUUCAGCUCAGCUCUGUUACCAUGGCCAUCGACAAGCAGUUAAAUUCAUAAUUUCUGCUUCAGGCUGCCGUAGUUCCUCCAGUUCACCAGAUGGCGCUGUUACUAUCUCUCAGCUCAUUCUCAGUGGCGGAGAAGGAUACAUCAACUUCCGAAUUGGAGAUGAUGGAAGUGAUGGGGCCAGUGAGUCUGUCCUACAGAGAUCAGAACGAAGUCACAUGAUUAUUUGGCAGAGCCCCACCCCCUCCGUUCCAAGCCCCGCCCUCUGAAAGCACUAAAAGCUGUUCAAUCAAACAGUCCUUGAGCUUUAUCAGGAUAAGAUUGUCAUGCAUAGU